AUUUCUUUGGGACCCCUCAAAUAACAAUACUUAAGCUUAUAGCUCUUGCACAAUUGCAUACUUCAAUCUAGAUGAUGGCGAUGAAGGUGUUUGUGGAACGGGCCAGUGUGUCAGUGCGUCUUUUUCUACUGGUUGUAACUUUAAACCUGAUCGUAGCUGGGGCGCACGGCGGAUGCCCAAGUAUUCUACCCAGCGCUUGCAAUUGUGCAACUAGGAUAGAAAACUUGCAGGAGAUCACCUCUGUGAAAUGCGUAGGGAAGGGAUUGGCGGAUACUCCACUGUUUACCUACCAGGCUAACCGCAGUGUUCACAUUCUAGAUCUCCGUAGAAAUGAGCUGACCUCCAUUGCAAAUUAUGCUUUUGAUGGGCUGUAUGGAGUGCGAAUACUGUGGCUGGACCAGAACCAAAUCUCAACCAUCGCAUCUAACGCAUUCAGCGCUAUUAGCAGCACUCUACAACAACUGCAUUUAAAUUACAACCAACUUCCGCGCAUCCCAGUGAACGGCCUGAAAGUUUUAACCAAAUUACAGAGACUGGAACUGCGAUACAAUAAAAUAGUAAAUUUAGGUCUGACGGACCUUGAAGGACUGAACGAGUUAAAGCACUUGGAUCUACAAUCUAAUGACAUCAGUGCCAUCGCUGAGGCGCAAUUUUCGAAGUUUCCAAAUUUGGGACUCUUGUCGCUCGGAGAAAACCGCAUAGCCGACCUCCCAACGCGUGCCUUUGAGGGCAUCGAAAACUUAACAUCACUAUCUUUGUCCGACAAUUUGCUCACCGAAACCCCCCUUGACACAUACGAGAGACUAAGACAACUAGAAAUAUUUGAUUUUAAUCGGAAUCGCAUAAGCGAACUUAACGUUGCUCUUUUUCAGAGACUAACGGGGUUGAGGAACAUUUAUGGAUCUGGAAACAAUCUCGAGAGAAUAGAGAGAGGAACAUUCGAUAAUCUCCACAGUCUUACUACGCUCGACCUUUCCAAUAACAGAUUUCACACACUGGCAUCUGAUACAUUCAACGGACUCGCCAUGUCAUUAGUGACUCUAAACCUUAUGAACAAUAACCUGACUGAAGACUCGGUCUUACCUGCUAUACACUCCUUGACUAACUUACAGCGACUUCUAUUGUCGGGAAACGCCUUUCAGAUCUUGGGAGCAAAUGCGUUUCAGUCACUCAGCAAACUUAAAGAACUUUUCCUUGCUCGCAAUAAUAUUCGGCGUGUAAACAACAGCGCGUUUUCUGGUCUUGAAGAAAGUCUUGAAGUUCUUCACUUAGAGCACAACCGCCUGUUGGAACUUCCGUACUUGAAAAACCUCACAAAUUUGCGAGAGUUCUACUUUGGUGGCAACGCUCUCGGAGUUAUUCCAAAGAGGGCAUUCGACGGUCUCGAGUUGACACGCCUAGAUCUCAGUCAAACGAACAUCACCUCCAAACUGGCCUCACUUCCACCGGAGGCGUUCCAAGGUCUGGAGGAAUACCUUGAAAACUUAGACUUGCAUGGGAACUUCCUGGAAACUGUUCAUCACUGUGUAUUUGGACGGCUGAAGCGGCUAAAGAUCCUCGACAUCUCGUUCAACCCCUUGUCGUGUGACUGUAGAAUGCUGUGGCUGCAUUUAACAUUUCGAGACGUGACGUACAACAGAGCGAGGUGUGACCGGUCAGCGAACAAGGGUGAAAGUUGGGAAGAGUCAAGUGCCAUCGAGUCUUUUACAGUCUCCGGAUGCUCGUCAGACGAAAUCGCCAAUUGCACGGACCCGCCGGUCCCCAGCUCUACAAAUACCCCAACUAGCCAGCCGCCCCCUGGGGACCAGCCAAGGCAACUGGCCGCUGACAAGGAUACGGUUGUAGUUAUUGUGUUGGUCUGCGUCUGUGGACUGGCUCUACUGGCAGUGAUCGUGGGGUUCAUAUGCAGUUGUUCUCAGAGACGACGCGUUCUCAAAAACGACUUUCCUAUGUCUGAUACGUCUUCAACCGUGUACAGCACUUCUUCAGUUUUCAAGCGUUAAUUAAGUGUUCAUUUGAGAGAUUUUCGUUAGCGUCACAGACAAAGUGUAAAUGAAGGUGACUUGUUCAACUCAAAGGACAGCUCUCCCAGGGUGAUGUUGUAAUUACAUGUAGGCUAGUAGACUUUACUUUUCUACAGACAAAACGUGAAAGGUGGUGCGUUAUAAUUAACAUGGCGACAAAAUUGCCAACUAUAGAUAGACAUAUACAUGUAAAAUGCCAAUCUGUGAAAAAUUGAAAAAGAAAAUUGAAAAAAAAUUAGCCAUUGUUUUCAACAAGAACAGCCUGGUUUUCGAACUGGAGCUGCAUAUAAGUCCGAUGAACCAUUCCUUUAUGGUGUAUAAGAGUAAAAAUUCCUGGAAACUACAAGGUCACGGCGACGACGUUGCCAGAUGCAGAUGAUGGCUAUAUGUUCAAUCACAUAAUGUCUGUCCAUAAAAAUGUAACCAAAGUUUUAUUGCACUUGUCAAUGUUAGAGUCACUAUUAUAGUAUAAUUUAAGGCGACUUGUUCUGCUCAAGUGAGGACGAUCAUUUUAUUCAUGGACAAAUUUACGUUAUUAUGUCCAAGUUUUAUUCAUUCAAAGCUCACAGGAGAGCUCUCAAACUUUCGUGUUAUAACAUACUGUGUAAUUAGUGGACACAGGAGUGACACAAGCUAAGUGGCGGAUUUUCGUCAGCGCCACAGAUAAAGUGUAAAUGAAAGUGACUUGUUCAGCUCUCCAAGGGUUGUGUUAUAAUUAGUGCAGUUUGUUUCUGUGGAAAAAGGUAUAUAUUCAAGAAACUAUAAGUCAUUGCCGAGAUACAGCGACCGAAGACUUCUCCGGAUGUCUUAAAAGGAAACAAUGAUUAAAUGUAAAGAUUGCUUUUUAUGGAUGUAGAUAUGCGCAUUUCUUGUAAAGUAUAAAGAGCCCCUUUUUGGCGACGGAGACUUUAAAACAUUGUAUCAAAACCAUAUUUCACAAUAAUACGUAAGUGAAUUCGAAUUUUGUCUUGUUUAAAAAGAAAUGCGGUUUCAGUGCUUUAAAUACCUUUUUUUAAAUCAUAUAUAGUUAAACAGUCAAAAAUAUCACUUAAAUUUGAUGGAAAUUAAGAUUUUAAGGAUUGCACUUUUCGGGUGAAUUUCAAAGACAACUCUUUCGGAAACAUUACAAAACAUUUAUUGAUUUGUAAACAUGAGACGAA